UAGCAAUAAUAAUAAAGCUUCAGAGGAAUACAACGACAUGAAAAAUACAAGGAGAAAUUCGACGUUUCGAGGGAAGGCACUUCGUUGUGAAGUUAGUAGCGAACUACACGAGAGUUCAUUAUUCCCCCUGCAUCAGACGAGUAACACAAAAGUGAAUUAAAAUUGAUCAAUAUUUAUCUCUGAAUCAUUGUUUUGUCACUGUUCAACCAUGUGUAAACUUUGUAACAAAUAUCAAAUUUUGUACAUUUAAGCUACAAAGCAAGACCGUUAACUAUUCUUUACUUUUCCUACACGACAUUCUAUAGUAUUAAUGCUGCAUUAAACCAUUUCUUACCUAUUAAAUCUUGAAAAUCUGAACAAACGUCGACCGUUUAUUUAUCGCGAGUGUAAUAAGGACAUGUUUGCUGUAGUUAUCCGGCACGCUACAGGUGUUUUAGUCAAAGAAGAAAUUGUGCUCAUUGAAGCGAAUCACGUUGAAAUGUUUCACAAAAAUGGGAUGAAGCUGAAUUGUGGUCUUGUUAGGUUUUGUUAGCACUGUAGUUGACUGCAUGUGUCUUUAAUUUCAUCUUUGUGACGAGGUUUUGAUUCCUGCAAUAUACAGUUGUCUGAAUGUAAUUUCACCUCAGUCACAUGUAAGAAGAAUGCCUUGUAGGUUUGACUCUAUCAACAUCUCAGAUUUUCUCCAAAAACUACAGUUUCCUCCUGCAGUAACUCGGAAGAAAUAAAGCAUGACAGGGUCAGUUAUUUGUGAGGAGGUCCAGUCCAGGUCUGACCUGUAUUGGACCUCCACAAAUAACUGACAUUGUCUACUUUCGUAGUUGUAGCGAGCAUUUGAAAUUUUCAGUUAGCUCGGCCAGCCAGUGUGAAGCUAGUUAAGCAUGAUUAUCAGAUCAGAUUAAUACCUGUCAAUUGCUUUUGGCAAACAUGAAAGUUUCGUGUGACAAUAGCAAUGUUAAUAUAUGUGAGUGUUUAGAUGCCAACCUCUGGAUGCCAACGACGGUAUUCGGACAAAUCAACUUCCCAAGUGGUAGCACCAUAUGGUUGGAAAAUUCAAUAUGGCGGCUGACUAGGAGUGAAGUUGACUUGUUCCAAAACUUUUUGCAAACAAAUAUUGCUGUAAAUGUUGUCCAUGAAACAUUUACGACGUUUGGACAUUAUAAGACGCCAUUUACAACAAUAUAACACAAAAACAAUAAGCUCUAAUGCAGGUAAUUUGAUGCAAUCUGUGUUUAAAGACAGUGAAUUUUCAGUAUAAUUUUGAUAGAGUGUUUAAAAUGUGUCCAAUGUUUCUAGGGCAAUAUGAUUAUGAUUUAGUCGUUAUUGGCGGAGGGUCUGGUGGUUUAUCUUGUGCAAAAGAAGGUAUUUAUUUUAUACUUUGAAAAUAUUAUACUAUGCAUUUUAAUGUAAGUUUAUAAAUACAAAAGUGUUCAAUGUUUUGAAUUUUUCUCAAGGAGCUGGGCUUGGAAAAAGAGUCGCUGUUCUAGACUAUGUUUCACCUUCUGUACAAGGUUAGUGCAGAAAUAGCAGUACAGGUUCCCAGCUUGGCAUCUAUUCAAUUGAACAGUUUCUAUGAUAAACAACCUUUAUUAAUAACAAUUGUUGACUAGGUACAACAUGGGGUCUUGGUGGGACAUGUGUGAAUGUUGGAUGUAUCCCUAAGAAGUUAAUGCACCAUGCUGCUCAGCUUGGAGAGGCAAUACAGGUUGAAAAUAAAUUUAAAAAUUGACAAUGUAAUUAUUGAAUCAUUCCAGAAAACAUCCCAGCCUCCAUACUUUUUUACUUGUUGUUUAGAUCUCUGACAAAUAUGGAUGGUCAAUUUCAGGAGAAAUUUCACAUUCAUGGUAGAUAUUUUAAGUAAUCUACAGUGAGCCAGCUUAAUUAGACUUUGAAGCAAUCAACAGAGAGCCACCUUAAUAAAGCCUUCUGAUAAACUACAGAGAGCCACCUUAAUAAGGCUUUAAAGCAAUCAACAGAGAGCCACCUUAAUAAAGCCUUCUGACAAACUACAGAGAGCCACCUUAAUGAGACUUAGUGACCUUAAUAUCUGUUAGAGUAUACAGUUGAUAGCCACCUUAAUCUGAGUUUAUUUAAUUUUUCAUUGUAGGGAAACACUGGUACAAAAUGUUCAAAAUCAUGUGAGAUCAUUGAACUGGGGUCACAGAGUUCAACUUCAGGAAAAGUAUGAUCACUGCACACAUUUGAACAUAGCAGCAAAACUGGGGUCUAGGCCCCCCUCCCCAAAGUAGAAGUGGCUACCCCCCCCCCCCUCCAAAGGGUUGAAUAAUUUAAUAUAAUGGUGUCAGAUUCUUCACUGACAGAAUUGUGAAGAUAUAGUUCCUACAUGUCAAAUCGUCCCCACAGAACACAGGAAAUGCAAUUUCAGAGACUCUAGAUUUCAAAUUUUCCCAGGAGAGUAUGCCCCCAUUUGUUUACAAAUCUUCUGCUGCAAUACAUUGCGUUUCUCUCUUUUAUUCACUAAUAUUACGCCUAUAAGGAAUAAUAAGGAUGCCUUUUGUUUCUUUUAGGAGUGUAAAGUAUUUUAAUGCGAAAGGAUCCUUCCAGGAUAAACACACAAUCAAAGCCACUGCUAAAGAUGGUCAAGAAGUAAGUUUUGAUUGAGAAAAGAUUCCUCAUUCUGUUCUCACACAACUGUUUCUGUAAGGACAUUUUCAUGUUGCUUAUCUAGACAAUAAUCACAACAGAAAAUGUUGUAAUAGCCGUUGGUGGAAGACCAAGAUACCCAGACAACGUAAGUUGAAUAUGCGAUAUUUUUACGAUAAAGAAAAUUUCUUAUUUUCAUUUAUAAUAUUUUAUUUUCAAGGUACCAGGUGCUCGUGAACAUGGUGUUUCGAGUGACGAUAUAUUUUCACUUUCCAAAUCGCCUGGAAAAACGUGAGCGGAAUAAAAUGCUUAAUGAAUAUAGAAUUUGAAAAAACUUCUUAUGUAUAAGUAUUGAAAGAAGUUUCACGGAGAAAAAAUACUGAUUAAUACAAUAAUUUGUGUUACUUUAUUUUUGCAGGCUUGUUGUUGGUGCUUCUUGUAUCCAUUUAAAACUAUAUUGAACAUGAAAGUAUUAUAAAAGCUGAUAGAUAAAUAGAAAAGAAAGGAAAGAACGAAUGAAGUGGAGAAGAGGAAUGAAAAUAAACGCCAAACAACAAACUCAGGGAAUAGUAACUUCAGAAAAGAUAAACAAACUAUUAGGAAAGAAGGACAUUUACAGUACAUUUAAUCACAUUCGUGAUAUUGUCCUCAAACUUUCACGCAAAAAUUUGCCUUAACUCAAAUUCAUCAGAUGUUGCUCUUGAAUGUGCUGGAUUUUUAACUGGUCUUGGUUUUGAUACGUCAGUCAUGGUUCGCUCUGUUUAUUUACGUGGCUUUGACCAGGUGGGUCUGUAAGCUUCACUAACUUUAUUUAUACUGGGAGAAUAGUUAAGAACUGAUAAAGCCAUCCUAGAGGUCUAGUAAAUUUCAUUCCAUAUUCGUUAAGUGUUAUUUCUGGAGAACACCAGAGUACAAACCUGGAAAAAACUGCGUUGUUUGUUAGAGUCGAACUGGGACUUAUUUUCUUAGAUUCGACUGAGGUGAAAUUAUAAUGAGACAACUGCAUAUUGCAGGAAUCAAACCUCGGUCACAGAGAUGAAAGAUACAACAUGCUAACCAUUGUGCCACGAAGUUUCGGUUCAUGUAUUUAUUUCCUUUUCAGCAAAUGGGAGACUUGAUUGCAGCCAACAUGCGAGACCAUGGCACGAAGUUUAUAGAGCGCUCAGUUCCAAAAGCCAUCGAGAAACAACAAGAUGGAAAGCUGAACGUUGAGUGGAGGAAUUUAGAAAGUGAUGAAACACACGAGGAUUCUUUCGACACUGUGCUGUUUGCCAUAGGUAGGAAGUCACCCUCGCUUCAUUCAUGAAUUAAAUGGCACCGUAAGAAUUUCCCGGUAGCUUUCCAAUUCAUAGAUCUGGUCUCGUGUGAAUCUCUGAUAUGAGACUGGUGUACAUGUAUAAGAACACUUCUUUGAUUCUAUUUUCAAGGACGAGACCCGGAGACCUCGUUCUUACAACUGGACAAAGCUGGCGUAGAAAUGGAUCCAAAGAGCAAAAAAAUUAUUGUUGAUGAAAAAGAACGAACAUCCGUCGCUAAUAUCUAUGGAAUAGGAGAUGUUAUACAUGUAUGUCAAAUGCCAGAAGUCCUUUCUCAAAUGCCAGAACUCCCUUUUCAAAUGCCAGAACUCCCUUUUCAAAUGCCAGAACUCCCUUUUCAAAUGCCAGAACUCCCUUUUCAAAUGCCAAAUGAUCCUUACUGGACCUCUAGGAAGGACAGUUUAGAACUGAUAGAACUAUCCAGUAUCAAUAAAGUUAGUUUAGUGUAGUGUUAGACUUCUGUGAGGUUGAUUAUUUUCUUCGCUCGUAGAAUCGUCCAGAAUUAACACCAGUUGCAAUAAUGGCUGGUAAACUUCUUGCAAGACGAAUAUUUGGUGGUUCAAAUCAGAUGAUGGAUUAUACCAAGGUAUGUCACAGGGCUAUGAAGCUGCCAUUAGUUUAGACAGCUUACUGUAAAAUAAUUUAUUCUGCAAUAUCACUUUAGAUUCCAACAACAGUAUUCACACCGUUAGAAUACAGUUCAGUAGGGUUAUCCGAAGAAGAUGCCAUGAGCAAGUGUGGAGAAGAUAAUACCGAGGUCUUUAACCAAUACGUUUAAAUGCUUGUAGUUGUUUUAUCAUGUCACCAAUUUAAAGUAUGUCUUUCAUUAUAAAAUCAAUUGAUUGAUUUCUUGUGUAAGGUAUAUCAUGCAUUUUACAAACCAUUGGAGUAUACUGUUGGAGAGAAGGAUGCUAGUCAAUGUUAUAUCAAGGUAGCUUGAAAUAUUAUAGCGUCCUAAGACUGGUUUACACUAUCAAAGUUUCUGUGAUCACAGUAGAUAUUUUGCAUGGGUGAAUUCUAAGCUUUGAAGGAUUUACAAGAAAUGUAAAACAUAUUCCGUUGCAGGCGGUUUGUGACCGAAAUAACAAUUCAGUUUUGGGUCUUCAUUUUCUUGGACCUCACGCUGGAGAAGUUAUGCAGGGAUUUGCUGCAGCAAUGAGGUAAUGUAUAUGAACUUAACAGAAACCCUGGUUAAUAUGCACCAUAAUGUAACCUGACAACCACAAUCAAAAUGCAGAUGAACUAUAAGGAAACUAGCAUCAGGCAUGAUUUGUUACCAGAACUAUUGCCAGCAGGGCAGGAAAAAAGAAUUUUCUUCCUGGGCGCACAACCUGGAGACAAGAAUUUCCUGUAGACCAACGGAGUAUUUUUGUGCUAAAUCUGCAUGUGCAUAAACGUAUAGUGUUCUAGCUGACCAUGGUUUUAAAUUCAAGGAAUAAUGUCUGUCAACCAUAUGUUGUUGUGCCCAUAGUGGGACAUGGGUGUUAAGGUUUCCUUCAUAUUUUCAAUAGCAAAUCUUUAUUCAAAUGAAUCUCCUGCAGCUGUUUAACAUUUCCUGCGAUCUCGUCUAUUUUUCCACCUCUGAUUGCCAGUAUAGAUCACGCUAUUCUAGCUAGUGUGUCUUGUUUUUGCACUGAGACUGAUGACCCAUCAGAUGGAUGGUGUGUCUUUAGUAUAAAUGUGGUGAUUUUAUCUUUUAUUGUAGCUGUGGUCUCACAUAUGACCAACUCUCCAGUACCAUUGGUAUCCACCCUACCAGUGCUGAAGAAAUUGUUAAACUCAACAUUACCAAGAGGUCUGGGGAGGACCCAAAUGUCACAGGUUGCUGAGGUUAACUUCUCUCUGAAGAUAUGAUGUCAUUACUAUAAAUAGACUUUGACACAUUUUCAGAGAGAAAGGAUGCCAAUACAGAGAAUUCAUUAACUUAGUUUGCCAUUUAUGAAAGGUCAUUCUGAAACUGUAAGUGGAAUGACUUGGAAGUCAUCUGGUAAACAAUUAUAAUUAUAAAAAUGUAAAGAUUUUAUAGAAAAAUAUUAGAUUAUUUUGAAUUGCAAUCUGUUUGCCAUAUCCUGGACUAGAUCGCUGGCUUGCCAGUUGAGGUAAGGAACUCAAUUUUGCAGAAUGAUUGUCUGCUAGCCCCACAACACACUACUUAACAAAACAUUUGAAUUUUAUUCAAAACAAGAUAUUAAUUGCAAAAUCUACAAAUACAUUAUGUAUUUACAAAUUGAGUAAACUAUGUUGUCUGUACAUGUACUACAUGAGUUUACUGAAAAAAUUUGACAUUUAUAUUUUACUUUUCAGACAGUUCAAUCCUUGUGCAUGAUUACUCAUCUCUACCCAUGCUCAAAGUCUACUCUACUCAGUUUCCUAAGCAUUACUUGUUUUAAUUUUUGGCACAUUGUAAUGAUAUUAAUGAAUAUAAAUAAUAGCCACAUUCCCAAUUCAUGUUCAGAACAUGUUGUUGGAUAGAUAACAAAUUUCCAUAGGAAAAAAUUUGGUCCACAAUCAAGCUGUUUAUAUGAGAGACACAGUGCCUACAUCCACACUAAUCCAUAUUGUUUGUGGUGACUAGGCCAUUGUUUUCUAUUCCCUUGCGAGCGGAGAACAAUAUGAAAACGCUACGAAAACCGAUUAGUGUGGACGUAGCCUAUGUUAUCUCAAAUAAACAGCCCUUGACAGAACAAUCACUUGUGUGCGAUGUAGCAAUCGUCAAGUGUGUAACGAGAGUGGUGCACUUGCAUUAUAAGUCACAAUGUUCACAAUGUUCUGUGGUUGUUGCGGAGCAAACGUUAUUGCAUCGUAUAAAUCAACUUCUUCACACACCU